AUGUUCUCUCGAAUUUCCUGGCGUUCCUUCCGCUCCUGUAGUUUGUGUGUCGUACGCCAGCCACCAGCUUGGUGGAAAGCCGGACAUCGCCGGCAGCGGCCGGACAGCGUUGCAGAGGCUGAGCUCCUCGCGCGCCUGGCGGUGAUUUUGCAGCCAGAGGAGCCCAUCAAAGAGCUCUUCCGAGACUUCCGAGUGAAGAAAAGCGACGGACGGAGUCGUAGCACCUUGAGCCCGGAUCUGACCGUCUACGGCGCUUUGCAGGCUGAGGACGCGGCCUUGUUUUUGGAGUACGACGGCUACUACCGGCAUCUGUUGCCAGCAGGGAUAGCAGCUGACAGCAAAAAGACCCAUGCACUUUUGGACUUUGCACCUGCAGGAUCGCAGGUGGUGCGCAUAGCCCAUGCCCGUAGGGAAUGGGAUCACGGAUGCGACAUGGGAGAAGUUGUUAUCGACGUGUGGCAACAGGGCCGCGACGCUUCAUUGGCGAAGGCACUCCGACAAGUCACCAUGUCCUUGUUGAAGCAGCUGGGAAGUGCACUCCAGCCUGGGCUCAGAGCCAAAUUGCAGGCCUUCGUGGAGACUCCUGGCGGGAUCUCCUGGACGGCAGCAGUUGAGUUUACUGAAAAAGCUUUUGAGUUCGACCAAGCACCUCUGCAUGAGUUUCUGCAGAUGCAGCUGGAGUUGUCGUUUCCCCAAGCGGAGGAACUAUUGAAGACAUGUCCCGCGCUAGCACGCCUCGACAUUGAAGAGCACCUCGAGCCUGUAAGGCAGUUCCUGGAAGACUUUGGUCUCGAGAAGGCUCAGGUUGUCAAAGUGAUUGUUCGAUAUCCGCCACUUCUGGGCUACCGCAUCGAAGAGCACUUGAAGCCCACGGUCCAAUGGCUACGAGACGUGGGGUUGACAAAAGCUGACAUUGCCAAAUUGAUUGUUCGAACGCCACAAGUGCUGGGCUGCAGCAUCGCAGCAAACUUGAAGCCCACGGUCCAAUGGCUACGAGACCUUGGCUUGACAAAAGCUGACAUUGCCAAAGUGAUUGUUCGAGCGCCACAAGUGCUGGGCUGCAGCAUCGAAGAAAACUUGAAGCCCACGGUCCAAUGGCUACGAGACGUGGGGUUGACAAAUGCUAACAUUGCCAAAGUGAUUGUUCGAGCGCCACGAGUGCUGGGCUGCAGCAUCGCAGAAAACUUGAAGCCCACGGUCCAAUGGCUACGAGACCUUGGCUUGACAAAAGCUGACAUUGCCAAAUUGAUUGUUCGAACGCCACAAGUGCUGGGCUGCAGCAUCGCAGCAAACUUGAAGCCCACGGUCCAAUGGCUACGAGACCUUGGCUUGACAAAAGCUGACAUUGCCAAAGUGAUUGUUCGAGCGCCACAAGUGCUGGGCUGCAGCAUCGAAGAAAACUUGAAGCCCACGGUCCAAUGGCUACGAGACGUGGGGUUGACAAAUGCUAACAUUGCCAAAGUGAUUGUUCGAUUUCCACACGUGCUGGGCUACAGCAUUGAAGAAAACUUGAAGCCCACGGCCCAAUGGCUACGAGACCUGGGGUUGACAAAAGCUGGCAUCGCCAAAGUGAUUUUUCGAUUUCCACAAGUGCUGGGCUGCAGCAUCGAAGAAAACUUGAAGCCCACGGUCCAAUGGCUACGAAACGCGGGGUUGACAAAUGCUAACAUUGCCAAAGUGAUUGUUCGAUCGCCACAAGUGCUGGGCUACAGCAUCGAAGAGAACUUGAAUCCGAAGGUUCUUUGGUUGUUGGAGCGGUUCUCCUCUGAGUUCGUUUGCGGAUUGUAUCAGGCCGGCUACCGCGACUCUUCGAUGAUGGAGAGAGCCCUGGCCAUCGUCGAACGCCGGGAGAUGGCUCACCCGGCGCUCUGCCUGGAAGCUGCGAAAGUCCGCAUCAACUAUGCGGCAUACCUCAGCGAAGGCUUCCGACACCGGCAGGCACUGCAAAUCAUCAAGGAAGCGCAGGAGACGCUCACCAAACUGCUGCAGUGGGCCGUCCAAUGCCCUCCUGAGGAUUUUGCCGUACAGGCUUUGGGGCGUGAAGCCAGAGCUUUGCACACGGCUGCCAUCGUGGCGCAGGCUAUGGCUGUGGAAUACUGCGCCGACGACGACGAUGAGUUGGACACCCCAGAGGGCCCCGAUGAAGCCGCGAAGGAGACGGCACGCGUCUCCGCCGCAGGAUUGGCGCCGGACCACCCUCUGGCGAUGUUGGUUCGGCAGAAUCUGGGCACUGCGCCGCGGGUCAUGGGCGGCCGUAGGCAGUCCAAUCUGGGUACGUCAGUGAGGAAGCGGGUGUCCAACAUCCCUCUGCAGCCUUUAGCGCCUCAGCGGCCGAGCUCUGCAGGUUUGCACAAAGAAGGGACCGAACCUACUGCAGACAUGCUCCAAGAAACGCCUCACCAGGAGCGAUCGGCAUCCCGGGGUUCUCACCGGCGCAGUGAUUACUCGGCUUCCAAAGCCAAGCCCAUGGGCAAGGAGGAGCGCAUGGACGUCUUUAAGCAGUAUCUGAGAGAUCGGGAGAUGGCGCGAGUGGCCCACCUUCUGGCCCUCAGUGACGACUGGGAAACUCAGACUCGAAAGAAGCUCUUUGAAGUGCACAAGCAGACAAAGUUUCAGCUGGAGCUCGUCAACGUUGAAGAGCUCAAGGAAAAGCGGUACACCAGGGUGGGCCACAAGGUGUUUAUGCAGAACAUGAAGAACUCCAACAAAUGUUGGAGCAAUCCCGACAUCAGCCGGGAAGCGAGGAAGGACAAGACAGCCCCUGAGGUUUGUCAGCUGAAGAAGCUGAGCCGGAAGAUCUACGUCAAACCUCCUCCGGCUCCGCCUCCUCCGCCGCCACCGAAGCCCAAGGUCGAUGCCUCUCUGGCAGGGAACAUGAAGAUGUCGAUGCGCAGAGGUUCUGGCGAGGAUUAG